AUGGCACGACAGGUUCUAGUAGUAACUACGGUCCAGAUGAGAAAACCAAAAAAUUCUUUAGUUUGUUGAAGGAAGCUGAAAGAGAGUUGUAUCCAGGGUGUUCAAAGUUUUCAACCUUUUGAACAAUUGGUCAUUGCUGGUAUAGAGUUAUCAGACGAGAUUAAAACUUUGGCUAUGGGACCUAGUGAUAAGGCCAAUAGAUAUAGCGGGUACCUAAUUAAUGGCGUCAAGUAUCAUACACAGAGUCGCGAGCUUAGAAGAAAAACUCAAAAUAGUGGGAUUAUGGUGAAAGCAAAUACAUGUAGCUAUGCAAGUGCUAAGGACAUGAAUCCUGUGGAGGGUGAGGUGACGUACUACGGAUACGUGAUGGAUAUUGUUGAAUUGUACUAUUCAUAUGAUCGUAGGUAUGUGUUAUUCAAGUGCAAUUGGAUUGAUAAUAACAAGGGACUCAAGCAUGAUGAUUUUGGCUUCACACUUGUUAAUUUCAAGCAUCUAUUAUAUACGAAGAAUCAAGAGCAGGAUGAACCAUUUGUCUUAGCAUCUCAGGCACAACAAAUCUUCUAUAUUCAAGAUCUCGUCGAUGAUGACUGGAAUGUGGUAGUCAAGAUGAAACCUAGGGACUUGUACGAGGUGUGUGGCGAACAACCUGUUGGUGAAGCAACUAUGGAGGGGUUUGUCCACGAAGAUAUACAUGCAAGGCUAUUCUUUUCUGAGGGAGACGUGAACUGGGUUAGGCAAGGGUUGAAUGGAGUAAUUGUUGAUGAAGCAACUAUGGAUGCUGAAUUAGAUGCUGAUAUGGAGUCCUAGUUCUGGAUGGAAGUUGCAUAUUUAUGUUUAUUUAUUUAUAUUAUAGUUAUCAUCUAGUGAAAAAUGAUCAUGAGUAUGAUAGGAACAAAGCCUUGUUACCAUAUUUA